AUCCUUAUUGAAAAAGGUCUCAAGACAAUACCCAUCUGUGAAAAUUUCUUCUCAUUUGAUAAAAUCCAUACUGCAAUGUAUCAUAUGAAAGACGACAUUACGAAAACACCUUGUAAUCAGAGCCUACGUUUGCUUGCUAACAAGGGUUUCAAUAUCUACCUGAAGAAAGAACUUUUUCAACGUAUGAAUAGUAUUAAAAUUCGCGGUGUGAUUUACACAUUGCUAAAUCUCCCACCAUUCUAUAAAAAUACAGGCGUAGUAACAAUUUCAAGAGGCAAUCUCGCUUCCAUUCUUUGCCAUUAUGGACACAUGUUGAACAUUCCAAUGACAGUAGUGAUACCGCAAUAUAUGGACGAUGAAAGAAAUAAAUUAUUAAAUCAAUAUAAGGAUUUAUCUAUAAAUGUGAUCGCUUACGGUCGCAAUAUGUUGGAAGUUCACGAAUUCGCAAUAGCCCUUGCCAUUUCAUCUAAAUUAUUUUAUCUUGAUCUAAAUGAUCAUCCAUAUAUGAUUAUUGGUCAAGCCACUAUGGGAUUAGAAAUGAUGCGACAGGUACAUGAUAAUAUUGAUGCGGUGAUAUUGCCGACAACAAUUGAUGGUUGCAAUUUAACAGCGGGUAUUGCCCUAGCUAUCAAAGAACGUAAUUCAAAGGUGCAAGUUAUUGAAGUUCAAGUAGUUGCUAUUGACUAUUGGCUACAAAAAGUUAGAAGCAGAACAACUUUAUGUAAUGAAUUAAACUUUAGACCAGUAACAGAAUAUAAAGCUUGUGCUCUUGAAAAUUUACCGAAUUGCCUAAUCGAUGAGGUUAUUACGAUAGAUCAAACGAUGAUAACUGAUGCGUUCGAAUGUCUAUCAAAAUCUGAAGGUCUCCGUGACUAUCAUGCAGCGAUUGCUUUAGCACCAAUUUUAACUGGUCAGCUCGACAAACUAAAGGGAAAAAGCGUAUUAAUACCUCUAUACGGCGUGACGGAUUCAUUUAUUAACUGAUUGAAUGACAUCAAUUUUUUUCUUGGACGAAUUGAACAAAGUAUAAGGAAAGAUGAAGUAUAAAAAAUAUUAUUAAUGUCUGUGUAUUGUAA